AUGGCCAAAGACAGCCUUGGAAAAGGACAGGAACUGGAAAAAAGGUUGUCAAGGGACAAGUACAUGAAAUCUGCUAUUCUUGAAUGCUAUGCUUCUUUCAGAAAUAUUAUUAACUUCUUGGUUCUAGGAGAACGUGAGAACACGGUUAUACAGAACAUUUUUCAACGAGUUGAUGAGCAUAUAGAAAAAGAAGAUCUGCUUACUGAAUUGAAUCUGAGUGCUCUCCCUAAUCUAUAUGACCGUUUUGUUAAACUGAUUGAAUGUUUGAUGGAUAACAAAAAGGAGGUCAAGGAUCAAAUUGUCAUUCUCUUGCUCGACAUGCUAGAGAUUGUGACCAGAGAUAUAAUGGAAGGAGAUGUUGAGGGUUUGCUAGAUUCAAGCCAUGGUGGAUCUUAUGGAAAAGAUGAAAGGAUGACACCACUUGAUCAACAUGAUCAGAUUUUUGGUAGACUUCAGUUUCCUGUCACAACAGAUACUGAGGCUUGGUCAGAGAAACGGAAGUCGUACUAG